UUGAGCAUCAAACGGACCCCUUUCGGGCGUAGCAUCCUCGUAUAGUCAACAUGAUAGAGUACUCGCCUCCUCCUGACGUCCAAUGGCUUUGAAGAAAAUCAAUCUGAACAACAACAGGGGAACAACAACGCGUUCUUACUAAAAAAUUCAACUGCGUAAUGGCAGUUUAAAUUUCGGAUUAGUUUAAAUUUGCGAUUAGUGCGCAUGCGAUAUUAUAUGCCUGAACGGUCUUUUAUUUAAUUCGAAGCCGGCAUAGACAGCGCAAAAAUAUGCCAGAUAUUGCAGUACGUCCCCGACUUAAUGGUGUUCACUAAUGUUGUUGGCUGCCAGAUUCAGUCAGUUUACCCUGAGGUCGUAGGAUCACUGAUUGACCGACAGUACGUAAACGUGCGCAUCACGCCCGAGCUAGUGCGGUCUCCAAUGGUCGCCUCGCUUAUGUGGACCCACACAAAGAACGUCAACCUGACAGGUUGGGCUCCUAACCACUUCGUUCCACUUUUACCUCCAUCUCACCAGCGUCAAGGCCAGGCACGAAGCAUCCAACGAGCCCGUCGACUCCUCCCAAAAUGCCCAGCAAAACUGCAACCCACAAAGUUUCGCUGUACAAUCUGCGGCAACCGAGAAAUUUCCUGUGCAAAACAAGGUGCCAAGGAUGUCCGCGAACACCUCAACACUACUAUGCACAAAAACAACAAUGAGCAGACAUGCGCAGCCGAAACCAACAAAAUUGACAAGGUAACAUCAGCUGAAGUCCAAGUGGUAAUGGCCCUUGUAAAGCACAGCAUUGCCCUCGCUGCAGCUGAUACCUUCAGUAGCUUGUUUCCCAAGAUCUUCCCAGAUUCAGAGAUAGCAAAAUGUUACCGGGCUGGACGGACGAAAUCUACCUGCAUCCUGAAUAACGCGUUGAAGCCACAUUUUAGAAGCGCAUUGGCCGAGGGCAUGAAAUCUUCACCUUUUUCCCUAGCCGACAACGGAUCCAACGAUAAUGGCACGCAGAAGACAUCUGCAUGA